AUGUCUGAGCCAAAGCGUAAGAAAGGAAUCCAUGCAAAGAAAAGGGCUUCAGGGGCUGAGGAGGAUGAAAGAGAGGCUGUAGCUGAGAAUGCCUUGGAGUUUGAAGACCCGUACGGCGACGACCUCGAUGAAGAGGAGCAGCAGCAGCUGGAGAAGGUGCUGCGGAAGCAGCAAAACAAACAGAAAAAGCAAAACAGCAGCAGCAGCAGCAGCAGCAGCAGCAGCAGCAGCAAGAGAGCAGCGGCAGCAGCAGCAGGAUCAGAGGAGGAGUGGAGCGACGCUUCAGAUGCUGCUGAGAUGCAAGAAGAUGAAGACGAAGAUGAAGAACAGCAACAACCAGUGAAGGUUUGGCGUCCUGGAGUUGAUAAACUCGCCGACGGGGAGGUGCUGGAGUGUCACUCGAGCGCCUACGAAUUUCUCCACAAGUUGCAGACAUUUUGGCCGUGUCUUUCAUUUGAUUUUAUCCCUGAUCAGCUGGGCGCGGUGCGCACGCGGUGUCCCCACACCUGUUAUGCUGUCGGGGGUACCCAAAGCGAAGGCCAAAAUGAUGCUCUGUAUAUAAUGAAGUGGAAGGGUUUGCAUAAAACGAAGCAUGAUGAUGAUAGCUCUUCUUCUGGAGAUGAAAGCGAGGAGGAAGAAGGCAGCGAUGAAGAUGCGCGUUUAGAGCUGCGCAUCAUUUCUCACAAAGGAGCCGUCAACCGGAUCCGUUGCUGCCCUCAGAUGCCGCGUAUGAUUGCCGCUUGGUCGGAUUUGGGAGUUGUGGGCGUCUGGGACAUCGAAAAACACCUCAAGAGGCUCGAUGAUCCUGGCGCUGCAGGUCCUCCGCCUGAUCCUCAUCAAAAGCCGAUGUUUGAAUUUAAGGGGCACGGAACGGAAGGGUUUGCGAUGGAUUGGAACCCCGUCCACCUCGGCCGUCUGUUGACAGGAGACACCUCAGGGCAGGUGUUUCUGUGGCUUCCCCGCGAAGGCGGUUGGAGUGUACAGCGAUUAGAUGCUGCUUCAGGAAUUAAUAGCAAUAAGACGGGCAGAGAUAAGCUCAAUAAACAAAAGCAGCAAAGCAGCAGCAGCAGCAGCAGCAACCCCACAGUAGAAGAAGUACAGUGGAAGCCCUUAGAAGAAGCGCAAGGAGAAAUAUUUGCUGCUGCCUCUGACGAUGGUUCUAUUAAGCUGUGGGAUUUGCGCGCUGGGGGUUGUGGUUUAUGCGCUUGUUUAUUGAGUGCAAGCAAAGCCGACUGUGUGGGGUGGCAUCCCGGAGAUGAAGCGGUUUUUGCUGCUUCGUCUUUAGACGACUCUCUUUCUCUUUGGGAUUUGUCUGUCGAGAGGGAGAAGAGUGCGCAAUCCCAAGCGAGAAGGCGGCAGCAAACAAACGGUGCUGCACCGCAGCAGCAGCAGCAACAGAAACAGCAGCAACAGCAGCAAAAAGCGCAUUAG